AUGGAUCUAACAGAGGCAAGCACUGCAUCCGACGUAGCAGAUGCUAUCCAGGGAGAAUUGUCUACUGAUGAGUUCCGUCAGUACGUAAUCAAGCAGAAGCUUGAUGCCAGAGCGUUCACUGGAAUGAAACCCGAGCGGCUAGAAAGGUUCUGCACUUACGAUAGCGAUGGGAAGCCUGGGGAGAAGAUCACGGAAGGCGAUCUGGCAAAGCUUGAAAACCUGCUCGAAAGGAUGCAAGAUGCUUUGAUGCCAGAAGUAUCUGAAAGUUUUCAGUCUGGGAGCAGCUCAGCACGCCGUCGGGGUUUGACACAAGCAAGAGGGAAGAAGAAGUCCGUUGGCAGCACUGGUUCUGCAGGGGGCUCUGAGACCUUUGGAGGCAGUAAACAUGCAAGAUGGCUUCCUGACACUUUGGCAGAGCUGUCUGAUGACAUUGUCUUCCAGCGGACGAGUCGUAAUGACGAUCUAGUCCCCCUCAUUGGGAAAGGUGGUUGUGAAGAACUGCGGCGAAUGUUUGGCACUCUCAAGCGGAACUUUGACGAUGAGCUUUCUGCAUUGAGCGAGGAGGCCUACAAAGCAAUAAACUUUGCAAAAGAUCCGACCGGACUCAGAAUCAGAGAGGACGUCUGCUCCAAGACUCUGCAGGAGACCAAUGGCGGCAGGUUCAGAGCUGGAGGCAAGACGUUCACGUGGCCUCAAAGAUUGAUGCACGAGACCUUAUCUGCAAUGCUUACUGAACAGAGGAGGCCAAACCGAGAAGAGCGGCGCAUCAAGGGGAUGAUUAGCUGGGACAUCAGCCGUGAAAUCCGCAAGAGCGUCGGAGUGAUGCAGUCCCGAAGGAAAGGGGACCGGACGCUGUGUGAAGGUGCGGAGAUCCGCCUGUGGAGCCUUUGCGAUGACGGAAAGGGAGGAAAACGGCCACAGAGGGUGGCAGUAGGGCGAGUGCAGGACUUCAAUGAAAGAGAAGUUGAGGUGGAGCUGGUGUUGGUGGAGCAAGUACAAGACGACCUGCUGGAUCUGGGUGGCGGACGCACCAUUGAGACGGUGGAGAUGCAGAAGGGUUCUAUUGUGAGCUGGCCCAACAAGAUCACUGCAUGGACUCCUUACACCGAGCUGCCGCCCCAAGUCACAUCGUCCAGCAAAGCUGCAGCAAGCAAUGGCACAUUGAGCCAGUCUACACGUGGACGUUCGAGUGGUGUGUCCCUGAAGCGCGCUGUGGAGGAAGAGGAGGUGACGUCACCAGCAACGUCUACACGAAGCAUCAAGAGACGCCGUGAUGCGCCGCCCCUGCCUCUGAAUCUAGAUGGUGACGACCCAAUCGUUCCAGAAAGGAGUCCUGCACAGCGCGCACCGCUCCGCGAACACGAUCCGGCCAACGACAACGAACCCUCCAGACUAGCACGGGGGACAACGACGCAAGCGGAGGAUCCGCUGGUGGAGCUUCUCCACGGCGCAAUGCAGGCGAAGUCGACGACAGAAAUGACCCGCACCCCCUCACCAUCUCCCAUAAACAACGACAUCGCCCGACAAGCUGCUGCGCCUGAAAGAGGAGCCGUUCCACAACAGGUGGCCAGAGCUGAUGACCAAGGGCGCCAAGCUCCGAAAAAGAACAUGACCAUCAAGCUGCUGUACAAAGAACAGGCCAUUGGCAAGGGCACCAUCCGCAGCUUCGACGCUCAGGAGCUCGUCGUGCAGAUCCAGAAAAUCAGAAAGGGUGUCACGGGCGGCGUGGAGGAUGCGGACGACGACCGGGCGCUUCUUCGCCUGGAAAAUCUGCAGCAGGGCGACCGGGUCUACUGGCCGAAUGCAGUCCCUGGCUCCAAAGACCGCAGCUGGCAGCCCGACGAUCACGACGCGGUUGCCGGAAUUGGCCCCGUUUCGAAGGAGGCCCCAGAGGCGGGAGGUCCCAAAGGGGAGAGUGGCGCAACGCACGUUGCGGCGGCCGAUGAUCCUGCUGGGACGUUGAAGCAUGUGCACGACGACCCGGUCAUCGACACUCCUGCCGCCAACGAUGCUGGCAACGAGGCGCCGUCCGACUUGGCCGCAAAGACCCCGCGCACCGACCAGUCCCGCGGAAGCAAUCCGAAGCCUCCCGCACCGCCUCUGCCACCGAGGGAGACCCACCCGCGCGCAAAGGCCAAGCCCCCGGGCACCUGGCGCCGCGAGCUGCACAAAGCGGACUGCCCGGAUCCACUCGCCUGCACCGGGUGCAGCCGCGCCGCUGCGCAGCGGAAGGCUGGUGGCCCGGGAGCGGACUCCAGCCCGACUCUCGGUGAAUCGCAGGCCAGCGGCGGGGGCGGCGGUGGCGGUGGCAACGGGGACGAAGAGGAGGUGAAGAAGUGGGAAGAGGGUCUCACUAAGGUUCGGAAGUUUAACCACGCUCUGAUCGUCGCUGUGGCCACCGAUGCCUCAACCGUGGACGAAGUUCGCAGCAAGCUCACGCGCGCCUCCCUAUUGUCCUACGUGGAAUCUCUGAGGAUCUGCUCGAAGCAGAAGUUGCGGCCGUUCGACUUCGAAGGUCUCCUGGGGCUGCUCGCUGCGCACUUUCUGAAAGAAGAAGUCGUGAAGAUCGAGGCGUUCAAGGGCUGGGACGACGCAAGGAUCCCAAGAAAGGAUGUCGUAAGACUGAAAGGCGACCGUCAUCCGAUCAAGGCCCGCAAGAGCAGUGCAGCCGUACAUAGGAUCAGGCGUACAAUCUAA